UUUGUCAAUAUUCUCCUCCACCCUGACGACUAUGCUGACGACCUACAACCCGCCCUAGAAACGCAUGUUAUCCUUCAAAAGUCCGCGUUGAAAAUGUCAGCCAACGUCAAGCAUCCCUGCUGCACUACUUGUCCCACCGCCAAUAAUCCCGAAUCCCAAUCCCCGGUUUCCCCCGAACUCGACCCAAACUCCCAGCCCCCAGUCCCCAAUCCUUUGAGACCCGUUCCAUCGCCCCCAGCUCCAUGUUACUUGCCGCAACCAGAAGAUGCCAUCCCUUCGAUCCAGGAAGGCCAAAUGGGACCCAUCGGCCCAUGGGCCACCGGACGAGUCGACUGGAGCCCUUUGGCUGGACUUACGGGCACCAGACCUGUGGUUGAUAAGUAUUCCAUUGCACGUUAUAGUGAAGGAGAGUGGCGGAAGCACAAUAAAGAUGUUUUGGAGAUGUCGGCGAAAGAGCAGCAUAAAAUGAAUUUAGUUGACUGGAAUGGGCGUCAAUGUCUUCAACAAACUUCGGCCGAUGUUGAUAAAAACCAAGAAGACAACACUAAAAGACUACGUCAGAGGGAACAAGAACUGUUCCGUUGGAAAUGCGAAUUAGAGGCUGAGAUCGAAGCAAUUUCUGAAGAAAUCACCUUGACUGAAGAGCAACGUUUUCGGCUUAAACAAGCCUCAAGGGUGCUCCAAAUGCCCGAAUCAAUCUCUGGUGAAUGUUUAGAGCGUAGAACUGGUCGUUUGGACACCGAACUCGUCCGAGACGAAGUCGAAGUUGAGCUCAUCAAAGAAUUGGCCCUCACUGCGGAAAUUCGGGAAACCUUCACCAGGACCCUCAAAGACAUCGAAGCGCAACUUCUCGAAGAUAAAACAGCCAAACAACGGCUCGAGUAUGACUGGAGCGACAAAACUGUGGCUCAUGAGAUCGAAGCGUUGAAUAUCUCCUUGACGAACACUUCGAACACGAUGUUGUUUAAACCCGGAGCUGUGAUUUUUCCGGAGGAUCAGUCGACACCUGAAUAUUGGACGCAUUUCACGGAAGAAACCUUGUCUGAAGCGAAGGCUACGAGGCAGAGAUCGGAGAGGUUGAGGGCCACUCUGGACGCGAUUUUGAUCAAUGCGGCGAGAGAUUUGCGCUCGCAGGCAGAUCGGGUGGAAUUGGCACUGUCGCGGAGGGUUGCUUGUGUUGAGGAAAUUUUGCAAAAGUUGGAACUCGAAUUGAAGAAAAUUUUGAGGGAUUUGGCGGACGUCGAAAUUCUCGUAAUCGAUUUGCAAAGUGCAAUUCGACGAAUGGAUCUUCCGAUGAAAAAGGCACAGACUCGUCUUGAUAAUCGAUUGGGGCGUCCGAGAGUUGAAAAUUGUCGUGAUGCUCCACAUAUCGGGAUUAUUGAAGAAGUGAAAUUUAUUAAAGAAAAUAUUGCUGCGCUUCAAGCUCAGUUAAAGCAAGCUCAAGAAUCGCAAGCCCAUUUAAUUACAGCUCGAAAUGAUAUUGAACGGGAAAUCAUGCUCAAACGGCAAACUGUGGAGAUUGAUAAAGGAAGGACACAAUGGAUUCGGUCACAUUAUCCGUCGGCAACAGCACUGUCAGGGUAUUAAAUAAAUGUUGGAAAAAUUUGA